AUGUCCACUGCACCUGCGCAUACACUGAACCUUUGCGGCGUUCUAUCGGAGGCAAAGAGAAUCGUUAAUGCACACUCCCGUCACUUUCUCGCCUUAUCCGUCAUCUUCCUCCUCCCCCUCUCUUUCUCACUCAUCAUUUUCCCUACUCUCCAGCUCUCACUCACUCGAUCCUACGUCGUUUCUACAAAGUUUUUCGUAGUGGAUCCGCCGGAUCUUCGUCAAAACCUGACAAUUCAUCUCCUCUAUUCAGUUUUUGUCUACAUCUUCUUCCUCGGUGCCAUAGCCACAAUUACCUACAGCACCUACCAUGGCUUCUAUGGAAGACCAGUCAAGUUUUUCCCCGCCAUGAAAUCCCUAAUCUUCUCCUUCUUCCCACUCGUGUCGACCGCAAUCGCUGCUCAGCUCAUCCUAUCCCUCAUCUCGCUUACGUUCCUCCUGUUAUUUUUGGUAAUCAUCAAGAUUGGGGAAAACCUAGGGUUUGUAAUUGAAUACGACUCGAAUUACUUUAUCGCGUCAUUCGCGUUGAUGAGUGCAGCGCUAGCUUUUUUCCUAAUCUAUUUCCAAGUGAACUGGUCACUAGCUUGUGUGGUGGUUGUGGCGGAAUCAAAAUGGGGGUUUGAACCACUGUGGCGGAGUUCUUACUUAGUGAAAGGGAUGAGAUCUGUUUCGUUAUCUUUGCUGUUGUUGUUCGGGAUUCUGAUUGGGUUUUGGGUGUGGAUGAAUUCGAAUGAUGUGAUGCAUUUCGAUGCUGUUGAUGGAUGGAAGAGCUGGCCUUUUGGAUUGCAGGUGGUUAUUGGUACUAGUCUCUUGACUGUGUUAUUGCUUCAGAAUACAGCAGCCACUACUGUGCUGUAUAUGUACUGUAAGGCUUUACAUGGUGAAUUGGCCAUUGAAAUUGUUGAAGAGUUUGCUCGUGAGUAUGUCAGCUUGCCUUUUGAUGAUGAAAAGGUCCCUCAUGUUGUUGCCGUUGUCCCAGCUUGA